GAUAGAACUGAGAUCUCUACUGAGAUGUUUAUUACAUCUCAGUAAAAGUAAGCUCUCUACUGUGGUGAAAUUAAUGAUUCAGUCAAAGAGGAGAACCUAUUAUUCUUUGAUUCAGUACUUCAGUAGAUUGGUGUUUGAUUGUGUUUCUAGGAGUUGUCCCUACCUUUCUCUUAGAAAAACAUUUGGUCGUGUUUAUUAAAUUUUUGAAAUAUGUCCAGUACGUUCCAGAGAAUCCCUGGAUUUUGCCCAGAUUGUGGAUCCAUCUUACCCCCUUUACGAGAAAAAGGUGGCAUCACUUGUUACACAUGUUCUAUGGCUUUUGUAGGAAAUGCAGAGGAGGUUUUCGGACAAUCCAUAGUUAAAUACACCAUCCAUUUCAACUCCAGGGAAGCAAAAAAGAAAAAUAUAAAAGAUGAAAUGAAAAGAACUGAGGAAGAACCAGAUGAAGGGCCAAUAGUUGAGAGAAGAUGUCCCAAAUGUGGCAAUGAAACUAUGUCUUAUGCCACACUUCAAUUGCGUUCUGCUGAUGAGGGGCAAACAGUUUUCUACACAUGUACAAAGUGUAAAUUCAAGGAAAGUGAGAAUUCUUAAAAGAGGAUAACUUAUAACAAGAGAGCCCCUUCAUCUAAAGAACUGCCUACCAAUAUCUUAUUGACAGUUUGGACCUACAUUGCUCCUUGAAGUCUUGCUUAGAUAAUUAAUACCUUGAUAAAUAUUUAAUUAUCAUUCAUUUCUUGAUAUUAAAACCAUCCUGAGUGGUCAUAAUAUUCAUAAACCAUAAAUAUAUUUUUAUAUUAAAUUGGUCUUGAUUUUUUAUGGAUCAGCUAUUAUUUGCAUUUUUGAAAGGAAUGCCCUACAAAAGGUAUUUGAGGUUGAAUAGCUGAAUUCUAGUUGGCAAUUUUUUGUAGAAUCUGAAUUUGUUGUCUGGACUUAUGAGUAUGAGAAUUUUUUUGACAUGACUUCUAUGCCCCCAUUUUGAGAGAAUUUAUUUCAUUUAUUCCUAUUCAAACAAUUAUCACAGUGACUAAUAGCAGGUACUCAGUAUUCUACAUAUAAUUCAGUCAGUGUAGAACAUUCAAUAUUCUUCAAAUUCAAGUUCAAAUCCAAUUUUUCAAUGUGAUGAUUUCAGUUGGUGAAUUUCAAUCUGAUAGUGAAUAUGAUUGUUGAAUUCCAAAAAGAAUUUUGAAGAGCAGUAAAUAGGCCUCUCUGUAGGGAGUAGACUCAUAGAACUAACUAGGUAGCUGGCAGUAAACCCUGAGAUCAUAAUUCUCCAAGAUAUGCCAUAAAGUGGCUAAGAGAAAUAUGGAGAUAGUAUGGAUUUUUUUUAGGUAUUGGUUAAUUUACUCAUCUUUCCUCAUAACAUACAAUUUUGAUAUUUGAAAUUGCUGCCUUGAAAAUUUAGACCAUCAAGAUUAUUUUAAUGAUGACUACUCUAUAAUUCACCAAGCAGUCUUAUUAUUCCUUAUCAUUAUUCUUGUUUACCUAGAUAAAUUAUUUUGGUAUACAGGGUUUCCCUAAAUUGCUGGGACACAGAGCUACCACAUGUAAUACAGUUCAAAAUUAGUUGAUUGGACCCAACCUAAUUUUAUAAAAGAAUAUGUACCCUUUGUCCAGGAUAUAAGGUCAAGCUUACAUAAAAAAAAUAUUUUUUGUGCAUUUCAGUGGAUAUCUAUUCUUUCAGUAAUCAAAGAAACCUAAAAGAAAUUGUAGAAGGGUGAAACCACCCUCAUUAAAACAAGAAUUGAUAGGUGAAAUUUUAUGCAGAAUAUAUGUAUUGAAAAAAUAUUUGAAAUACAUUUACAAUAACAUGCUUAUAACAUUUAUCAAAUAUUCAAAAGCUAGAAAUAUUGGAUUCAAUUUGAAGUAGUUAUCUACAUAUUCAAAUAUUCAACAAGCUCAUAAAGAUUUAAAUAGUUUGUAUUCAAAAUUAAAAAUAUCUAUACAAAUAAAAAAAAUGAGAAACUUUUUCAAAAAUGAAUAUGCAAAAUCACAAUUUGUUAUCAUUACUGUCUAAUCUCUAUACUUCCUUAAAAAACUAGUGAAAAAUAAACCUAAUAUUUUUAAAAUCAAAUACCUUCUUCACAAAAACUAAUGAGAUUGUAAAAAUACUGAAUCAACAAUACAUAAAUCAUAAAAGACAAUUUAAACACUCCCAAAAAUUAUUCAAAGCCACAAACUUUCUGACAUCACUAUAUUUCAAUCUAAUCCUUUUUCUCCAAUACUUUGGUUGCUGGAAUAUUAAAAAAUGAAUUCAUAAAAGAUCUUAAUUCACUUGAGAUUAUGCUACAUACCAGAUUCCUUUGCUUUAUUCAAUACAUCAUCAAUACUUUGCUGAUGCUGUAGGAAAUAUGGCUUGAUAAUUCUUCUAUACAAAAUUAAAGAUCCAUUAAAAUCUGUAGGUAUCAUGAGCCAUACCAGGAAGAUACACUGCAAUCAUACAAAAUCAAAUGAUAAACAAAUUCUUUUUUCCAUAAUGUAAAAAUUUUCUUGAAUUAUGGUUGAGGAUGAAAUCCAUAAAUUGCUGUCCCAAUACUCACCUUAACUAGCCAAUAAAGAGGGAACCAACGUACAAUGAAAUCUGCAAAGUAUUCACCUACUGAAAAAAGUGAGAAUACUACCCAAUAAGUCAACCAUUUGGUAUCAUCAUCCUUAGUUUUUGAUUCAAUAGCUUUGAUGGAUACAUAUGCAGGAUAUAUAAAUCCCACAGUGUUGCAUACCAGUUCAGCAAAAUAGCCAAACACCAACCACAAUCCAAUUAGAGCUCCUGCACCUGUAAUCAACUUGAUUUUGGAGCAUGGCCAUGGUAAAUAAUUGAGAUAACAAUACUAAUCAAAGUCCACACACCAAAUGAAUAGCAUGUUUGAUAUUAGUAAUACCAUAAUACCUUUCAUAUCUUACCAAUAAAAAUGUAAACCCU